CAAUUAUGGAAUAGAAGUUGUUGGGAAAUUUGUUAAAUGGAAUUAAACUGUAUACGCGUCUGUUCUGUUCUACCAAACUUGUCAAACAAUUUAACUCAGUUUUGGGCGUUUGAUCUCUAUCCACGAUGAUCCAUAAGGUAGAUGGAAAACAGCUAAAUUUAGCAAAGUGAAACUGGUAUACUGGCCAUGGUGAUAAAUGGGUGAUUAAUGGAAGCAGGCCCCUAGCCUUGCUAAUAUAUGAACAAGAUUUCUGUUUCUGUCUAUGUUUGUAACCUGGAUCAAAGAUAUAUGAAACAGAGUUUCUGCAUUGGGAAGAGCCUUGGAGAGUUGUGAGAAAGGAGAAUGAGUUGCUUCCUUUGUUGUGGGGUGGAGGUGCAGCAGCGUAUUGGUUCGUUCAAGGAGAGCAGCCAUGGCGUUGAAGGCAAUAACAAGAGUGGCAAAUCGUUCAAGUCCUUCAUGAACAAUCUAACAGGCAAAACAAGUAGCAGCAAGCAGAAAAUAGCUGAAGAAAUCCAGAAAAUCGGAAAAGCUAAAGUUUCAGCUCGUAUUUUCACCCUCCGAGAACUAGUGGUUGCUACUGACAACUUCAAUCCUGAUUGUCUGAUAGGUGAAGGUGGAUUUGGCAGGGUCUACAAAGGAUACAUAGAGAGCAUCGAUAAAAUUGUAGCCGUGAAGCAACUCGACAGAAAUGGAAUGCAAGGGAGUAGAGAAUUCUUCUCAGAGGUUCUGAUGCUAAGUCUGGUUCAUCAUCCAAACCUUGUGAAUCUGAUCGGCUAUUGUGCAGAUGGGGAUCAGAAAAUUUUAGUUUAUGAAUACCUGCCAAAUGGAUCUUUGGAAAAACAUCUUCUUGAUUUACCUCCAGGUAAGGAGCCACUGGAUUGGAAUACUAGGAUGAAAAUAGCUGAAGGAGCAGCCAAAGGACUGGAAUACCUGCAUGACUUUGCUGAGCCGCCAAUAAUUUACCGUGACUUCAAAGCAUCAAAUAUAUUAUUAGAUGCCGACUUCAAUCCCAAACUCUCUGAUUUUGGACUUGCAAAGCUAGGUCCGACCGGAGGGAGGGACCAUGUAUCAACAAGGGUUAUGGGAACCUAUGGCUAUUGUGCCCCGGAGUAUGCAAUGACAGGGCAGCUGACAACAAAAUCUGAUGUUUACUCUUUUGGUGUAGUCUUCCUGGAGCUAAUCUCGGGGAGGAGAGCUAUCGAUAUUGAAAGACCAAGUGAGGAACAGAACCUGGUUGCUUGGGCAGAGCCAUUAUUUAAGGACAGGCAGAAGUUUACGUUGAUGGCAGAUCCCUUGCUUGGAGGGAACUACACUGUAAAGGGUCUUUAUCAAGCUCUUGCAGUCGCAGCCAUGUGUCUUCAGGAGGAAGCUGAUACCCGACCAUUGAUUGGUGAUGUUGUAACUGCCCUUGAGUUUCUGGCCCGGCCAAAGGACACUAACAAAAUUGCUGCAGAAUCCGAAACAAACAGCAGCUUGCAUGCUAGCUCCAUGAAAGAAAGGAAGUUCCAAAAGGGACCGUGACUUGUAGCCUAGCUGGGGUGAGCAAAGUUGAAGCUUGGUAAAAAUUGCAGAACUGAACCAGCUUAAGUUGUUCAUACCAUACUAGCAUGUUGUUGUGUAGAUAAUUGUGAAUCUGUGAGCGAUUUGAUUAAUGGUGUAAUCGUUUGAGUAGCAAUCGUAGCCAUUUCUAGCGUGAUUCUGGAAGCCACUUGGUGAUAAGUUCAUGUUCGGUUGACUCCAGGAGAGAACCUGUUGUCAAUAAAUUUAUGAAUUUUGUUGA